AUGUCAACUGGCACGGCCCGAUCGUCAUGUUCCUCUGCUUCAUCCGGCGCCAUCGUCCUCGCCGUCGGCCACCACGUCCUCAACCUCACACUUGAUGGCAGACCCGUGUCCGCCGGCCCCGUGGAGCAACAAUGGGUUUCCCGAGCGGGAAACGCGCUGGCGUACCUGGUCAAGGUGGUCCUGGUGCUGGCGACGGGCACCGCGUACGUCCAGUGUUCGCCAUCAUCCACGCCCGGCACCAUCUCCGUCGUGUCCGCGUCGACAAGCGAACCCAAGACCAUCACCGUCCCGCAGCGAGAAUAUGGCAAGACCUCGUACGGCGUCGCCAUGGCCACGACGACCAACGUCACCGUGUUUUACGGCGUCGAUGGGUUCUUUGGACCGGCCAUAUCUUGCUCGGCCGCUGGCGUGGAAGUCACGACGCGGUUGACGGACUUGGUCCUCCCGUAUCACCAGCAAAAGCAAGUGUUGUUGAUGUACGACGCCUGGGUCCCGAGACCGGCGACGGCGACAUCGCCCAAUGAGACUCCUCUCGUCGACGGCAUGCUCGUUGUCGAUCCAGACAGGAACAGCAACCUCCGGAUCCUGGACCAGAUUUCGUCCGACGCAGCAAGGAUAUAUUACAGCAUUGCCCCGGAUGUGACGAUGCAGGCGACGAUGACAGCCUCCAUCCAUGUCAUCGAGUGCGGUAGCGCCAUGUGUAUCCUCGUUGCCAUGAUUGCCAUCUCUAAAAUGGACGCCGUGUAUUCGAACAGCUUCUCCACAGUCGUCCGCGUCAGCCGGAACCAACCCCGUCUCAACACCGUGAUUUGCGAUGACCACGACCACAGCGGAGCGCAGCCCUUGCCAAAAAGAGUGGCUGAUGCGUAUAUGUGGAUCGGUCGCGAGGAUAUCGUGAGCCGGGGAAUUGGGCGAGGCCGCGUCGCGACGGCGGACAUCUGGGACUCUGACACGGAGGAGAGCCGCUCGUGGUGGAGGAAACGACGGGCGAUGGAUCUGGAGCGACCCCUGCUCCUGGCAAGCUGGCUCAAUGGAUGA